AUGUCACGUUUUGAAAUAUAUUCUCCAGAGGGAUUGCGUGUCGAUGGUCGUCGUUGGAAUGAGCUAAGAAGUUUCAACUGUUCCAUCAACACUCACCCGAAUGCUGCAGAUGGAUCCUCGUACUUGGAACAAGGUAACAAUAAGAUUAUCACAUUAGUUGCUGGUCCUCAAGAACCAUCCUCGAGGUCACAAGUCAAUACGAAACAAGCUACUUUAUCCGUUACUAUUAACUUAACGAAGUUUGCCAAGAUGGAAAGAAGCAAAUCAAGCCAUAAGAAUGAAAGAAGAACCUUAGAAUGGCAAGCUUCGUUAGUGCGUACAUUUGAAAAGAACUUGAUGCUUCAUCUCUAUCCUCGUACGUCAAUUGACGUUCAAGUUCAUGCUCUACAGUUAGAUGGUGGGAUUCUUGGGGCAAUGCUUAAUGGAAUAACAUUGGCUCUGAUAGAUGCUGGUAUCGCAAUGUAUGAUUUUGUAAGCGGGGUUUCAGUGGGACUUUAUGAUACUACACCACUACUAGACCUUAACUCGCUUGAGGAAAAUGCAAUGAGCAGUGUUACCAUAGGCACAAUUGGUAAAUCAGAAAAAUUAUCUUUAUUAAUGGUGGAAGAUAAAGUGCCUUUGGAUAGACUUGAGAGUGUCAUGGCCAUCGGAAUAGCAGGCACUCACAGAAUUAGAGAUUUAAUGGAUAAGGAGCUUAGAAAGCAUGGAAAAACAAGAGUUGAAAACUCUUCGAAUUGA